UUUAAGCAGGCGUACAGUUUGCAGUGGUAUUAAUUGAGUGAUUCGAUUGUCUGUGUUUAUUCGUUUUAACGUUAUCUCGAAAUGCCUAACGCCAUUGGGAUCGAUCUUGGUACAACAUAUUCGUGUGUUGGUGUUUUCCAGCAUGGCAAAGUGGAGAUAAUUGCCAAUGAUCAGGGUAACAGAACGACACCGAGUUAUGUGGCGUUCACAGAUGCUGAGCGUUUAAUUGGUGAUGGAGCAAAGAACCAAGUGGCUAUUAAUCCAACAAAUACAGUGUUUGAUGCGAAGCGGCUAAUCGGUCGUCGUUUUGAUGAUCCAUCAGUUCAGAGUGAUAUGAAGCAUUGGCCAUUUGAGGUGGUUCAAGUCGGUGGUAAGCUGAAGAUUCGUGUUGAGUAUAAGGGUGAGAAAAAGUUGUUCUCCGCGGAGGAGAUUUCGUCGAUGGUGUUGACGAAAAUGAAGGAGGUUGCUGAAAGUUAUUUGGGCAGGACAGUGAGUGACGCGGUUAUAACAGUUCCUGCUUACUUCAAUGACAGUCAACGUCAAGCAACGAAAGAUGCAGGUGCUAUAGCUGGUCUUAAUGUGUUGAGAAUCAUUAAUGAGCCGACGGCUGCGGCAAUUGCCUAUGGUUUAGACAAGAAGGUUGGUGGUGAGCGUAAUGUGUUGAUAUUUGAUUUGGGUGGUGGUACAUUUGAUGUGUCCAUCUUGACAAUUGAGGAUGGUAUAUUCGAGGUGAAGUCUACUGCUGGUGAUACACACUUGGGAGGUGAAGAUUUUGACAAUCGUCUGGUGGAUCACUUUGUGAAAGAGUUCCAGAAGAAAUUUGGUAAAGACAUUCGUGACAAUAAGCGUGCAUUGCGUCGCCUGAGAACAGCAUGUGAACGUGCGAAACGUACAUUGAGUUCGAGCACCCAAACGAAUCUGGAGAUUGACUCGUUGUGUGAUGGUAUUGAUUUUUACACGUCGAUUACUCGUGCACGAUUUGAGGAGUUGAAUGCCGAUCUAUUCCGUGGUACAUUGGGUCCUGUUGAGAAGGCUUUGCGAGAUGCUAAGAUGGAUAAGGCCCAGAUUCACGAAAUAGUGUUGGUUGGUGGUUCCACUCGUAUCCCUAAGGUACAGAAGCUGUUGCAGGACUUCUUCAACGGGAAGGAGUUGAACAAAUCUAUUAAUCCGGAUGAAGCUGUGGCUUAUGGUGCAGCUGUGCAGGCAGCUAUUCUAAGUGGUGACAAGUGUGAGGCUGUGCAAGACUUGCUGUUGCUUGACGUGGCUCCAUUGUCACUGGGUCUUGAAACGGCUGGUGGUGUAAUGACGGCUCUGAUUAAGCGUAAUACAACAAUCCCGACGAAACAGACUCAAACGUUCACGACGUACUCGGACAACCAGCCUGGUGUGCUUAUCCAGGUGUUCGAGGGUGAGCGUGCUCUGACGAAGGAUAACAAUCUGCUUGGCAAGUUCGAACUCUCAGGUAUCCCACCUGCUCCUCGUGGUACUCCCCAGAUUGAGGUGACGUUUGAUAUAGACGCGAACGGUAUUCUGAACGUAUCUGCUGUUGACAAGGGUACAGGGAAGCAGAACAAGAUAACGAUUACAAAUGACAAGGGCCGUUUGACGAAGGAGGAGAUUGAACGAAUGGUAGCCGAUGCGGACAAGUACAAGGCUGAGGAUGAGAAGCAGAGAGAUCGUGUUUCUGCGAAGAACUCGCUUGAGAGUUAUGUGUACACAAUGAAACAGCAAGUGGAGGGUGAGCUUAAAGAAAAGAUAUCUGAAAGUGAUCGUCAAGUGAUAUUAAGUAAGUGUGAGGAUACAAUUGGUUGGUUGGACGUUAAUCAAAUGGCGGAGAAGCAUGAGUAUGAGAGUAAGCGGGAGGAGUUGGAGAAGGUCUGUGCGCCGAUAAUUACGAAGGUGUACCAGGCUGGUGGUAUGCCAGGAGGCAUGCAUGAAACAGGUGGUGCUGGUGGUGGAAGUGGUAAGGGACCAACGAUUGAGGAGGUCGACUAACCUGUUUUAUCUGUAAUGAAUUUUGACUUUUGAUUUUUAUUAGUUGUUGGUUGUUUGAUACAGGGUCAGGGUUUCGUUACUGGCGAAUAGUGAAUAUCGUUGUCUAGUGUCUGGUUGCUCAGUGUAGGAUAGUGAUCGCUCUCUAUCUCGUCCCGCUUGUUAAGUUGAGUGUUGCGAAUCCGUAUGUAUGCGACGUGGCGUUUGUAGCUCAGGACUAUUGGUCGCGAUUUAGGUGGCACGUCGUCUGUUCCUAGUUUAUUAGACCGGCGUUGUUGCGUGCGCGUCAAGAAGACCGAGUGAGUAGUUUGUGUGACUAGGUUCAGCUUGGCCAAUCGGGCUUGGUACGGAAGCUUCGGUAUUCCGGGAAUCAGCUUAAUCGCCGUUCUCUGGACCUUUUCCAGAAGCUCACUGUUUUUUUAAGCAGGGGCUGGCCGCUUGUAUGGAGUACUGAAGUUUAGGACGUACGAACACUUUUACAAAGUCAAAAACGUCUUAGCGUCGACAUGACUAAAAGCCCUACGUAUUGACCAUAACGUUCUAAGACCUUUGGCGGCUAUUGCGCGGCAGUGUGCAGUAGUCUUUAAGUUUUGGCUAACGAUGACUCUUAAGUGAUUAUAUGUUUGGAUGGCAGGUGUUAUUCGUCGUGUAUGUAUCUGUACCUUGAUGACCGAUAUGCAUCACAACACACUUGGAAGUGCUUAUCGGCAACUGCCAGGUCGAGUGUUGUUGAAGGCAGGCGACUUGUGCUUUUGGUCUGUAGGUGCAUUUGCUCGAGAAGUUGACUAACGACCCAGUUAAGUGGGAUGAUUUCUUGUGAGAUGGUAAGUGUUUAUUUGAUUAAUGUGACCGGUCUCUAAUGACUAGUUAGUUAUUUACUGCCUUGCCCAACAACAGACGAGUUGUAAAAUAAGUAGGGAUAACAAUGCACGUGUUUCACAUAGUAUUCUACAUUGGGAUAUGUAGGUUGGUGAAAUGCAAUCAGCGUUUACUUAAUUGUUGGAAGUGCCUAUGUUUCAUGGAGUCAGUUGACCACAGUGUGUCGAGGAACGGAUGGUCGAUCAGUUGGGCAAUCGUAUGUAUGGAAGUGAAUUUAUUAUAAGCUAUGUCUGGUCAUCGAAGUUAUAAACCUUUUACUUUGUAAUUGGUAGGUGUGUGUUCAGACUUGUAGGUGGUGAUUAGACUGGUUGUAUUUGAAUUUGGCGAAACGAGGUGUAGGGUUGUUGGUAGAUGCGUAUAUGUAGCUGAAAUAGAAGUGGCAUUCGUGUACGCAACAACUGGGAGGGGUAAGAUGGUAGGUGUGUAUAGAUGAGGAUGUUUGUAAGCUAGCAUAUUGGUCUGGUAUUUUUAUGCUGAUUUCAAUUAAGUCAACUAGUGCGAGAUGUGAAUGGUGCAGUCAUGUCUCAUUGAUGCAAUUAGGUGAGUUUCCAGUGAGUCAACGAAGCUUCCUGUGGGCAAGGCCAGACUUUCAGGAUGAUAUGAAUUCGUGUUUUUAAUUGAGCGCUUCCCGUGAACCAGAAUGAGCCUGGAAUUACAACAGUUAGUAUUAGAGAAUUCCACGUCGUGCAUUAUUUGCCGACUCUGGGACUGGUUGGAAAAAGCGGAGAGGUGGUCAGUGUAUGACAUGGUGUGGUGGUAUGAAAGGAAGCUGCAAAGGGUUGGCUUGUGUUGGUCCUUCACGACUCCCUGGUUGGGGUCCGAGACGUGGUGCAACACAGUGGCUAGAGACGUUAUCAGAUAUGGCUUAGAAUAGAAGUCAGUGGCGAUCCUGCUGUAACCUUGCUUUACUUUCUUCGUAAAAAAGUAGUUGUAUCUUCCUAGACUGAAAGAUUUCUUCUGAUUGUACCUUUCCGUUCCCCAAUUAUUACUAUUAUUAUUAUUACUGUUAUUGUUAUUACACUACCUUACACCAAUCUCUUCGUUAUUAUUCUCCUAUUUUUUACGCUCCUUACCUUUUUUUCCCUUCUCUUUAAAUUCUCAAUGUUUUGUGUGGCGAAUAUAUAUUUAGCGCACUGUUGUACCAAUAUUAUGUGUUCAAAUAAAUAAAUAAAUAAGCCACCAAACC